AUGUUUUUUGCGCUUUCGGGCCAGAUGUAGCAAUUAAAAAGGCGGGGCUUGUUAAUGUUCUGCAGGCAGAUUUUUCAAAUUUUUAGAGGUUUCUCAACCAUUUUUUUGGGUCCAUUAAAAAUUUUGAUCUUUCCUUUUUUCGGCUAGAUCUGUAAGUAAUUGUCACUGACACAAUUAAACCCGUUCAAAUGAAAUUUCAUUUUUAAAUGUGCUUUUCUGUGUUUUUUUGAAAGUCGUCAUAAUAUUCAAUCUCCAGGUUGCGCGACACAGUGAGCGCGAAGGGACCGACCUCCGAUGCUGAUGGACAGCGGCUAGAAGUGCUCGCACGUCUUCUGAAGACGACGACACCAGAUGCGACGGACGACCGCUCGCAAUUCGUUGCGUCCGUUAAUCGCCACAUUUGCUCCGCCCAUACCGACGUAAGUUUCUCCUCUAACCUGAUGAUACUUCUAACUAGUAAUAUUACAUGUUUAUUUCAAAGUUUUGAGCGAAGAUUUCAAUUCAAUCAAUUUAUUUUCGCAACAUCGGGAUAGUAUGGUGAUGUUGCAGGGAGGGAAAAGACCACUAGGUGGAUUAACUUACCCCACCUGUGAAGAAAAAAGUUUUGCUAGCAAUGUUUGAGAAAUAUGCCUUGGCGAAACACUUUUUUAUUUCAUUACUUCUAGGACAAAAUCUGAUCCUUUUUUGAAUUUCUGUAUAAUCUUCUUCUUUUAAUGAAAAACUUCGUGUUGACUUUGAAAGAUGACACUCAUCAAAAUUAGAGACUGAAUUACGCUAUCAAAAUAAUCCCUAAUUAAAAAAAAUCAUGCUUAACAGGACAAGUGCAGUUAGUAAGAGGUCAGAAGUUUUAUAAGAAGUUUUGUUUGAAAGAACGAUUGAAACACCACAAUAAGCUAAUUAGCGUAUUAGUUAGCGCUAACCAGUAAAAAAAAGAAAACAAUAAAAAACUUUUAUAUAGGACUGUCGUAGGGUUUUCUGUUUGCGUACGCGACAUUCUAACUGACGGCAGCUUGGCAGUUUUAAUAGUUAUUGGCGUGUUCAUUGGAGAAACGAAACAUGCUUCGAAACGAAAAAUCGUGUUCAUUGGCGCGCCAAAGUUGCUUCAAAACAGUACUAAUUUUUGUUUUGAAGCAAUUUUUUCGCGUUUCGGAACAAUUUUCGUUUUGUCCGAUGAACACGCCAUAUAUCUGAUUCACGGUUAGCUUAGGACUCCAAGGGGCGUGUCCUGUCUGCGCUCUCCACGAGCCAGGCGCUGUCUCGUGCAUUAUCGUGUCAGGACCAUUUUUUCGAUCUCACACCAGCCGUGAAUCAGCUAUAUGUUUUUUCUUGAUUGAAUUUUUCCUUUUUUUUUCAUCACUUCGAAGUUAAGAGAAGCAUAUUUUUAUUGAAUGUAUUAGAUAGAAGAUCAUUAAGGCUAUUUUUUUAAGAUAUGGGCUUAUAGGGAAAAGACUCAAGUUAUCAAAAAAACUCCUCUAUUUUUAAUUUUUCAUUUUUUUCACUGUUCACAUUGUUUUUAACUCUUUUUCUGAAUUUUAUCAAUUUCAUACAUACAGAAAAAAACCAUCAUUCAAGUAAGAUUAAAAAUUUCCGAAAAAAACGUUAAAUGAUAAUCUUUACACAAUCAAAUUAUAAUGAAAAACAUAAAUAUUGACGAUUUUUGUGUUUCUGGGAUUGAGGGCUCUUUUAUACGUGAUUCAAAAUAAUAAUAAGUAUAGGUUAUCAGAAAAACUCUUUUUAAUAUUUCUUUAAAUUCUCGAUAUUGUUUGAACUUUUUGAGCCACUCGUUAUCCCUAAUGAAAGCGUUUUGUUAAGGACAUCAGCACCGGACGACGAUGGCGAGUUUUCGGCGCGAAACCCGUCGUUGCACACGGCGCGCUCCGCGAGGACCGAUGA